AUGGCGGGAGAAGAAGCGCUUGUGUUUACAACACURCUUUUAACAUUUGCUUUAUUCUUGAGAAAGCGAAAUCGAUUUCUUCGCAAUCUGAGGUUAGCUGCUUUGCAAAGAAGAAGAAGACGUCAAUUAUCAAUUCUUCUGACAAAUCAACUCCAAAAUAGAGGAGUUCGUAAUCGCAGACGACCAAGAGCAUGGGUCUACACUCGUCCUCAAUUCUGGUUUGAACAACUUCUAAACGGCCAGAAUCAAGAUCAUAUUUGGCGGGAACACUUCAGAAUUAACAGAAACACGUUUAAUUUCAUUUGUGGUAUUGUCGGUCCAGAUAUGAGCAAGCAGGACACAAUUUUUCGUCAAGCAAUAUCAGUAGAGAAGCGAGUAGCAAUUGCUUUAUGGCGGCUAGCUACUGGCAACUCUUAUAGAACGAUAGGACAAACAUGUGGAAUUGGACGUGCCACGGCAAUGAAAAUCAAGGAUUCAUUCUGCUCUGCCCUCAUGCGUAGAGCCAAUGAUUUUAUCAAGUUUCCAAAAACAGAGGAAGAGACAAGAAAAUGUAUCCAGGKGUUCCAAAACAUCAGCACAUUUCCACAAGUUGUCGGUGCUCUUGAUGGAUCGCAUAUCCCAAUAGCCACUCCAAGGGAAAACCCAAACGCGUAUUACAACAGAAAGCCAUUUCACAGUAUUAUUCUGCAAGGAGUUGCCGAUAGCAAUAAGAAAUUCUUACAUGUCAGCACUGGGUAUGCGGGAAGCAUCCAUGAUGCAAGAGUCUUAAGAAUGAGCUCCCUCUACACUGCAGUUGAACAUAAUUCCAUUUUAAACACCCCCUCGAACAGAAUUGCAGGUAGAGAAGUAAAACCUCUAUUAGUUGCCGAUCCAGCCUACAAACUGACUACUUGGUGCAUGAAGCCAUACCCAGAGGCAAGAGGGAUCACGGCGAGACAAACAGCUUUUAAUAGAUCACUUAGUAGUGCCAGGGUUGUGAUUGAGCAAGCUUUUGGUCUUUUAAAAGGGAGAUGGAGAUGCCUUCUAGAUAAUCUUGACGAAUCUGAGGAGAAGGCUGCUUACACCAUCACCGCCUGUUGCAUUUUAUAUAACAUAUGUUUAGAUGUAGAUGAUGACACGGAAGUUAACAUUGUGAAUGAUGGAAAUGGCAAUCAAGCUAACCCACUCCCAGGCCAUGUCAUAAAUCAAGAUGGAGCAGGUCUAAGAAAUCAUAUAAAAAAUGCUUUAUUUUGA